UCAAGUCUGGUGGGCGGCCGCUUUCACGCGGCCAUAACGUUCUUCAAAAAAACAAAAUACUCUCUCUCUCUCUCUCUCUCUCAUCAUCAUCAUCAUCAUCACCAUCACCAUCAUCAUCGUCUUCUCCACCCCUACAAUUUCUGGAUUCUCACCACCAUCAACGACUCCUCUCGCCGAUUUGUUCCAGUUUAGAGAGAGAGAGAGAGAGAGCAGAAGCACUAAAUAUUUCUGGUGUCUUAAUGAAGAUGCCAGAUUCAGCUGAGAUGGUUGGAAAAGACAGGUUGAACAAUGGGGGUCAAGUGAGGGAACAUAGUGAGUAUGUGAGAUUGGUUAUAUCAAAUGAACCAAGGGCAGGCGAAGGUGUUACCUUACAACCCCAAGCUGGAACAAAACAUAAGUCAUUCAUUUGUUGGACCAAGGCCAUAUUGUGGUGCUCUAUUACUAUAUUAAUUCUUCUCAUUUUUGCCAAAUGGGGCGUACCAUUCCUUUUUGAAAAGGUUAUUCUUCCAAUCAUGCAAUGGGAAGCCACGUCCUUGGAUCGGCCAGUUCUUGCUCUCGUACUUAUUGCUUCUUUGGCAUUUUUUCCUGUGUUCUUAAUCCCUUCUGGCCCUUCCAUGUGGCUGGCUGGAAUGAUAUUUGGAUAUGGUAUUGGAUUCAUCAUAAUUAUGGUUGGAACAACCAUCGGCAUGAUCUUGCCAUAUUUGAUUGGAUUGCUCUUCCGUGAACAAAUUCAUCAAUGGUUAAUGAGAUGGCCUAAGAAAGCUGCAAUGAUUAGACUGGUAGGGGAAGGGAAUUGGUUCCAUCAAUUUCAAGUCGUUACACUCUUUAGGGUUUCACCAUUUCCAUACACAAUUUUCAAUUACGCAGUAGUGGUAACAAGUUUGAAAUUUUGGCCUUAUUUAUGUGGAUCAGUUGCUGGAAUGGUUCCAGAAGCCUUCAUUUACAUCUACGGCGGUCGGUUAAUAAUGACAUUUGCAGACAUGAAGUAUGGAAACCAUCAGAUGACUUUAGUAGAAAUCACAUACAAUGUUAUCUCCUUCAUUGUUGCAAUCUUCAGCACAGUUGCUUUUACCGUCUAUGCAAAGAGAACCCUAAAUGAACUUGAGAGGGCAGAAGCCAAGGGUGAAGCCUCUGGUUAUGACCACAUCAAUUUUGAGAUGGAGAAGCCCCCCCUUGAAAGAUCUAAGCAUCUGGCUUUCUCAUGA